ACUAGUUAACGUUGCAUUCGGGUCUACAAGUAAAUCGUGAUCGUACCACGUGGGUACGACACAGUGGGACAUCAAAACGUUGCGGCCAAACGUGGUUGACGAUCUCAAUGAACGGUAUUUGCUUUGGUUGGGAAUAAAGUUUGACUGACGUCAAGACUUUUUGUGUAGCCGGCCGUGUUUUAUGAAAAUACCUACAGAUGUCCGUUAUCUUGAACGCAACAUUAGUCCUUACUCAUCCAACGUGAAUUCCGCCAUUGCGAAGUGAUUCAUUGACUGAAACGCUGUUAAAAGAGUUUAAAAAAGACAUUUUGCACUGGAUUUUUUUUUAUCGGGUUUAUCUCUAGAUCCAUACGGAAAUGGUCCUUCAGACUACCAGCUCCUCUACUUUGUACUUUACACCGCCAGCGUGUGUCACCUUGAUUUCAGACAUGGCAGCUAUUGUGUUGUUAGUGUGAAUGGCAAACAGUAUCACCCCUAUAUGUUUAAAAAAGCCAUAUUAAAUAUAAGAGAUUAGCUAUUUUUGAAAUGGGCGUAGUGGUAAGGAACCUCCAAAAGGUGGUGCCUCUUCGUCGCGCCCGCCUCCGCAAGGAUAUCAACACGCUCAGGCACAUCCUGGGUAUCCAGAAGUUCGACUUGGGCGUCAUUUGCGUGGACAACCGCAGGAUUCAGCACAUUAACAAAAUGUACAGGAAGAAAGACGAACCCACGGAUGUCCUCUCGUUUCCAUUCCACGAGGGCCUGAGACCCGGCAAGAUGCCGUGUCCCCUCCACAGAGACGAGCUGAACCUCGGGGACAUUUUCCUGGGCGUGGAGUUUGUCAUGCGGCAGUGCCGGGAGGAGUGCACCGAUUUACACGGAGCGCUUACUGUGGUGACGGCCCACGGUAUCUGCCACCUGCUUGGCUACAGACAUGAGACGGACGAGGAAUGGAGUGAAAUGCUGCAGAAGGAAAGCUACAUUCUUAGAGAGUACAGCCGACUGACAGGGCAGCAUUUACUGCCCAUGAUGAAACCGUGCCAUCAAGACAGGUGACAUUGACUUGUGACUGGUUCAUUAAACAUCUAAAAACAAAAAAACAAAAAAAAACCAACUAUACGUCCAUUGUAAUAUUUUAUCAGUUUAGUCUGCUGUAAGAAUUCCAUGAAGUUCACUGUGGAGGCUAGAAAAGAAACUGAACACAGUCAAUUCCAGGAAAGUGUUCUUUUGAUCUUUCUUUUAUUUGCAAAAAGACAGAUCGACGUGAAGGUUCAACUUUUAAUUGGGUAUGACAAAAGAUCUCGCCUCCCUGGUGUUCUGCGUCUUCACCGGUCAACUCGAAGUCGCAAUAAAUAGAAAAACUCAAGACUAUAAAAAUUGUUAAAGGUUUUUGACAAAAAUAUUGGGGUGGACAAAUGUAAAGCUCACACAACAUCUAUAAAACAUUUCUCAGGAGGCACAUGAUCUAAACAAGACAAAAGAGGGCUUUUUUUUUUUGCUGGAAAUGAACAGGGGUAAAUUAAAGCACAAACAGCUCACCUCAGGGGGGAGAAAAAAAAAAAAAAAAAAAUCCACACAAAGCUUGAAUUGUGCCCAAAAA